CAGGCUUGCACGUCGAGUGUCGACGCUUGAAGCUUGUGAGAGACGUCCAGCGAGGGACUGCGCACACGCCCUCGCUCGUGGCUUUCACAUUCACCCUCCCGACGACUCCCUGAGCCGCGUGCAAUUUGGCAUCAUCAUCAUUCGGCUCUGUUCAGCCGACACAGUCCUCUGCCGUUCUUUUCAUGACUCUCCACAUGAUUUUAUGACCUCACGUCCUCAUCCCCUACCCUUCACUCCGUCUCCGAUAACUUUUGGGCGGGGAGACAAGUCUCUCGGCGCAUUCACAGCCUCGGCGUCAUCGAUCGUGAGCGGCUACAGCACGCGCCUUCCAACCCCAUAAUCUCUAUGGAGUUUGAGCGUGAGAGACCGCCAGCGUACGCACACGUCCCUAGCGACCUCAAGUUGCCUUCCGUGCCCAACCACGACAUCCCUUCGAACGGGUCGCCGAGCCUGAUCAACUUGCCCGACCUACGCUCGUUGGGUCUCCCAGAAGCACGGCACUCGAACGAACACUGGCCACACUACCGGCAGAAUGGACAGUUGAAUCCGAACGCUUUUCCCUCAGUGCCGUCGGCACCGCCGCGGGCGUCGGUAGACCCGCCUCUGGGAAGUCCGAUGGCUACGGAGAGCAUCUUGAGCUCGGACGACAGAGCGGCGAGGGCGCCAAGCGUGAUGAGUAUGGACGAUCCAGAUACGAGGAUGGCCGUUGAGGCAUUGUCCGGAUUGAAGAACCCAGAAUUCAUGCGCUCGCCCUCGGCGCGCAGCACAACACUUUCCAAUCACCAAAGUGUUCCCUAUUCACCUCCACAAGAAGAAACAGAAGAGCCGAUUCUAUCACUGGUUACUGCCAACCAUCCAUGGAUCGGUGCAACUAUAAAUGGCUCUGUCGCUACGUACAACUUUUCUAAGCACUAUUCACCAGCAUUCAUACGGAACGGCGCAGAGUUUGUGGAACGUAACGUUGGAUCGCCCAUUGCGAGCACUCUGAGACGAACUGGAGUAGAAGGUGGUGUUCGACGGUAUCUUGGUGACAGGAGACCGAGUGAUUUUGCGAAGGAAGAGAGACAGCGCAAACGAGCACGGGAAAGAUCUCCCGACAAGGAUGUUGAGAAGGGAGUAACUUCGCCAUCCUCAACCGCCGAGCAAAGAAGGUCGCGCGCAGGAUCCCAGGCUUCGUUUGCCUCUUUGCCACCAUACGAUGAGCACAGAUCUCCGCGUUACGAAGAGCUUGCUACAACUACGCAGCAAGAGCCAUCGGCGCAAAAAUCAAUGUCGGCUCCGCGCAACUGGCGUACGCAACUUAUGAUUACCACGUCAGGUCUAGGUGCUGCUCUUAGCGAAGUUUCGCUGAAGAAUUUGAGAUUCUGCCUAGGCCUGCUUCGCGGCGCGACAGACAGUAUAACAACAAUGAUGGUGGCUCUAAAGAAACUGCUUGACGACUACGAGGAGAGGGCCAGAAAUUCUGCCGAUGAGACGCUACCUAAUUUCACAUUGACCCAGGAGCAGGAAGCGGCGUCGACGAGGAUAGCAGAGAGUAUAAAGUCUGCACAUCGGGAAAUUAUGAAGACCCUGGAAUCGAUUACCAACUCAAUCUCACACUAUGCUGGUGCCGCCCUGCCCGAAAAUGCGGCUGCGCUCGUGAGACGACAGUUGAUGUCUCUCCCGCAGCGUUGGCGAGUCGCCGAGUCCACGGCUGCGGAACAGAAUGGUGCAAACGGGCACUCGCAAACGCAGAGCGAGAUGGUCAAAGCAGGAAAGACGAUUGUUGUUUUCGCAGGCCAGAGUCUCGAUAUGCUGGCACAAGUGACGAUGGUGGUAAGCGCAACCAUUCAGAAUGCAGAGGGAUGGCUAGAACGUAUGGGCCGGCGCUCUGGGCAAAGCCAAGUCUCAAGCCCACCCGCUAUGCUCCCUGCAAAGGACGAUAGAAAGACAUUCGACUCUCAGCCGCAACAUCCCGUAGGUGUGGAUUAUCAGAUGAUGGAGAAGAAGUAGCGGAUCAACGGACUCACUGUUUGUUGUUUUCUAGCUGUCGUUGGAAAAAACAUGCGUUUGAUGUGAAAGUGUGAAGUGUAUGAUGAAUUAUGGCCUUUUUCUGCAUAUACAUAUAUAUAUUUCUUAUCUGUAACAUAACAUCUUUUUCGAGACGUUUCACAUGCAAUUGCACUGAUACAUCUUGAUACAAGACAGUUUUGAAGAUCUAUUCGCAAGAACGAC